UUGGCCGCGGCCGGGUCCUGGGUGUCAUUGGGCGCAGGCGGCGGCCGCGGCGGGAGCGGACGGCGAGCGGCCCGGUGUCCGGCACGGCCAUGGCCGGCGCUCUGGUGCGGAAAGCGGCGGACUAUGUCCGGAGCAAGGACUUCCGGGACUACCUCAUGAGUACUCACUUCUGGGGUCCAGUAGCCAACUGGGGUCUUCCCAUUGCCGCCAUCAACGACAUGAAGAAGUCUCCGGAGAUCAUCAGCGGGCGCAUGACGUUUGCCCUCUGUUGCUACUCUCUGACCUUCAUGAGAUUUGCCUACAAGGUGCAGCCUCGAAACUGGCUCCUGUUUGCCUGCCACGCAACCAACGAGGUGGCCCAGCUCAUUCAGGGCGGACGGCUCAUCAGACACGAGAUGACUAAGAAGGCGUCUGCGUAGGACGCCGCGCAGCCCCUCCGUGGGGACGGCAUCGCCAGCUGCAGCUGCUGAGUCACAGGUUCUGCCCCGCGGUCCUGCGAGGAGCUGUGUGGAUGUUAUUUUUUCCGACGUCCGUGUAUUUUUAUAGAACAGCUGAGGGGGCAGAACCCCCUCUGCCGCCUUACGAGUCCUGAAUGGUUUCCUUCUCUUCAUGCAGAGUAGCUCAAAUGUGCAAUUAAUCUGGCAAUUUCCAAUGACAGCUUUGUUUGCAAUAAAAAUAUAGUUAUCAUCUAUUUGAAGUCACUUAGUGAAAACUGAAGGGAACAGUCUUUGCAGUGUAGUCAGGUGCUCGGAACUCUCGCCUCUUCACAGUGACCGCAGGACCGCCAGUAGCUGGCCGCACGGCCAGAGCGUAUUCCAGCUCCUGGACGUGCCUGUGCCUGUCCACGCAGUGUGUGUUGGGAUGCUGCACUGAAUGCCAAUAAAUGAUCUGAACAUUUGCUAAA